AUGGAUUUCCUCAAAUCCGCCGUCGCAUCCGCGAUAGCAAAAGGCAGCUCACUCCCUUUCUCUCUUGGCGAUAGAGUGGACAUUGGCGAUUCGAUCUGGACUUUGCAUAACGGUACGAAACGGGAUGACAGCUCAGCGUGCAGUGUUUUCACGUUUGAUAUUGCGGCGAAUAAGUCGCGUCUCCCCUUGGCGAAGAAUGCGGUGCGAAAAUCGAGGACCUUGCGCCAUCCGGGUGUGAUAAAGGUUUUGGAUACAAUCGAGAACGAGUCAACUCUUUACAUCGUCACUGAACGAGUUGUACCGCUUUCGUGGCAGGUCAAGCGUCGCAGUUUGAGCGAAGAGACUGCCAAAUGGGGAUUAUAUACUGUCUCGUCUACGCUCAAGUUUAUUAAUGAAGAUGCAUCCUCGGUUCAUGGUGCUGUUCGCGCGUCUUCGGUUUACACAAGUGAAAGCGGCGAGUGGAAGUUAGGUGGAUUCGAUAUCCUGAGCUCGAUGAAGGAAGACGACGCCAUUAUUUAUACGUAUGGAAGCAUUGUCCCCGACGCAGCUCGAUACACUCCUCCGGAAGUGGUAAAAGGCGGCUGGGAAGUCAUCAAGCGCCAUCCAUUGGCGGCAGUUGAUGCCUAUGGCUUGGGAGUCUUGAUUUUCGAGGUCUUCAAUGGUCAAUUUUCUGGUGGCGAUCAGAUUGGCAAGACAACGAAUAUCCCUCCGAGCAUGCAUCAAAGCUACAAACGUCUUUGUACUGCAAACCCCAAACUUCGAUUGAGCCCGGGUCACUUUGUCGAGCAGGGGAAAAAGCAUGGUGGAUUCUUUCAGACCUCGUUGAUUCGGUUGACGGAGGAUAUGGAGAGUCUAGGCCUCAAGACUGAUGCCGAAAGGGAAGAAUUCAUUAAUGAACUUGAUAACCUAUCUGAUGACUUCCCAGAGGACUUUUUCAAGAUGAAAGUUCUCCCUGAAUUACUUAAGUCUGUUGAAUUUGGUGGCGGUGGACCAAAGGUUCUUAGUGCUACCGUGAAGAUUGGUUCCAAGCUUUCGGCAGAUGAGUUCAAUGCAAAGUUGACUCCUGUCAUUGUGCGCUUAUUUGGCAAUCCCGAUCGAGCACUCCGUGUGUGCUUGUUGGACAAUUUGCCUUUGAUGAUUGACAGCCUUCCCCAUAAGAUUGUCAAUGACAAGAUCUUUCCCCAGAUGACCUCUGGCUUUACCGAUGUUGCCCCGGUGGUGCGGGAACAGACUGUCAAGGCUGUGCUUUCAGUCAUUAAUAAACUCAGUGAUCGAGUGGUCAAUGGUGAGUUGCUCAAAUUCUUGGCUCGUACUGCAAAUGAUGAGCAACCUGGUAUUCGAACAAACACAACUAUCUGCCUUGGGCGGAUUGCGAAGAAUUUGGGACAAAGUACCCGGUCCAAGGUUCUCAUUGCUGCGUUUACAAGGUCUAUUCGUGACCCCUUCGCGCACGCCCGUGUUGCGGGCUUGCUUGCGUUGGGUGCAACAAUAGAUGUCUUCAGUGAGGAAGAUUGUGCCGGGAAAAUUCUACCUGCCAUCUGCCCAGCCUUAUUAGACAAGGAAAAACUUAUACGAGACCAAGCAAAUAAAACCCUUGACCUUUACAUCCAACGAGUCCGCAAAUUCGGCAGCACAAUGGCAGAUACCGUGCUUCCACCCACCGUCCCCACAGAAGCAGAAUCUACCAAGUCCGAUCCGCGACCCGGUAACUCGAAUGACAAGUCUUGGGCUGGAUGGGCAAUUUCAUCAUUCACCAACAAGAUAGCAACCGCCAAUGGCGAGAUUGAACCAACCGCCGGCGUCUCCAGCCCUUCCGAACCCGAUACUACCCGGUCUGCAUCUGUUCCCCGCCCGGCCAAAUCAUCUCCUUCCACGCAGCUCGAGUUGCCCAAACAAACAUUACGCCCCACUGCCCAGCCGCUAGGCCGGUCUAUGUCCGACCGCCCUCCUCAAGCUGUCUAUGAACCCCCGGAGGAAGAGGAAGGAGAUGAUGUCUUCGAUGCCUGGGGUGCUAUGGACGAUGACGAAAAGGAAGUAGACCCAUUUACUGCUGCUGUGGCCUCUCCUAGCCCUUCGUCGCCUGAUCCUUCAGCAAACAAAUCUCCUGCUGUGCCCUACGAUGACGGUGGUGAGCCUGACUUUGCAGGAUGGCUGGCCGCUAAGAGCCAAGCUAAAACUAAAAAGCCCCUACCUAAGGGUCUCGGCAAGGCGGGGUCUUCCAAUGCGAUGGUCCCUAAAGCCACUCCCAAGCCGCGCGUCGUGGCUGCACCGACCAAGAAGAUUGAUACUAAGCCAAAGGAUGAAGACGAAGAUGAUGGAUGGGGAGACGCGUGGGAUUAG